AUGGAUGAGCAGCUUCGACUAAAAGUGUAUAGGUUGCUUGCGUACUCGGCUGUUAGCGUCGCAGUGCUAGCCUUUCUGUCCGUCAGUAUUUCUCUGCCGAUCGUCUAUAACUACAUUGAACAUGUGAAGCGGUCAACAAAACACGAGGUUCACUUUUGCAAGCAAUCUGCCGAGGACAUCCUCGACGAAAUUAAUCACAUCAGAAUGCUCCCUGCCAACCGUACAACUCGUCAGUCUGGCUACGGUCCAGGUGAUGCCGCUGUAGAAGCAGAUUUUGAGAGCACUUGUGAAUCAUGCUGCCUUCCUGGACCAGCCGGUGCUGAGGGGCCUCCAGGAAAACCGGGACGUCCUGGGAGACCAGGAGCACCCGGCUUCCCUGGCGCACCUGGUCGUCCACCACAAAAACCGUGUGAGCCAAUCACACCUCCGCCAUGUCGUCCUUGCCCACAAGGCCCGCCAGGCCCACCCGGACCACAAGGGCCUCCCGGAAGUCCCGGAGAAAUGGGUGAGCCAGGUGAACGUGGACGUGAUGGUGCACCGGGCCCUCCAGGGCCGAAAGGGCCACCAGGAGCCAUCGGGGCGCCUGGAGCACCUGGAAAAGCAGGUCCACCUGGAGACGAUGCAGUUUCUGAAGGCGUUAUUCCCGGACAACCAGGUCCACCCGGACCACCUGGUCCUGCAGGACCACCAGGAAUGGACGGUGCGCCGGGUGCACAAGGACCACCAGGGCCACCUGGGCCGAAAGGUCCCCCAGGUCCUCGAGGCGAAAUUGGAGAGCCAGGUCUUGAUGGACAACCUGGAAAAGAUGGAGCGCCUGGAAAAUCAGGAGAGGCAGGAAUCUGUCCGAAAUAUUGUGCGAUCGAUGGAGGAGUGUUUUUCGAAGAUGGCACUCGCCGAUAA